GAACGCCAGUGUUGUAUUUUGGGUAGUAGAUUUUUCCACUCGCGGAUUUAUAGGUGCGCAGCAACGUUUUGGCUAAAAGUCCAUGCGUUUCAGCACAAAAUGUCAUUGGAUUAGCAUGCAUAAACGCUUAAAGUCAUCUGUUAAACUUGGUGAAAAUUAGCGGAGGCGAGCGAACGACACAGCGAUAUAUAAAAAGCGAAUAACAAAAAGCGAUUAGCAAUAGCAACAACAACAACAACAACAAUAACAUGAAUUCAAAAGCUGACGUCAACCGCCGCGUUUUGGCUAUUCAAGCGAAGAAGAAGCGGCAUAGGAACAACAAGAAACGCGGCAAGCAAAAUGCAGCAAAUGGAGCUCCCGUCCAAGAAAACCAACAACAACAGCAACAACCACAACAAUCGCAACAACAACAACAACAACAUCAACACAGAAGCGGCGACAACUGCGCUAUGCCCGCGACAUCAGCAGCACCAGCACCAGAAAAUGCUAAUAAUAGCCACACAGAGGGCGCCAGCAAGUUUGAACUGCACGUAGGCAGCGCUGGGGGCGCUGUUAACUCGAAAUCUGUGGCAUCCUUUAGCAAUGCCACAGCGUCCACAUCGAGUGGCUCGGGCAAUACGCCCGACACCCAGUCGCAAUCGAAGUCAAAGAACAGCAUGCAUAAUCAGCAGCCACCGCGUAGUUCGUCCAAUGAAUCGGAGGAAUCGGAAAUGAACAGCGAGAAUGAGGAGCAGGAACUUAAAGAGGAUUACUGCAAGGGCGGCUAUCAUCCGGUCAACAUUGGCGAUUUGUUUCAGGGUCGCUAUCAUGUCAUUCGCAAAUUGGGCUGGGGACAUUUUUCCACUGUUUGGCUCUGCUGGGAUCUGCAGGAGAAACGUUAUGUGGCCAUUAAGAUUGUCAAAUCGGCGCAGCAUUUCGCCGAAACGGCCAAGGAUGAAAUUAAGAUACUCAGAACGGUGCGCGAAACGGAUCCAUUGAAUCCACGUCGCCAGAAGACGGUUCAAAUGUUUGAUGAUUUUAAAAUCACCGGCGUUAAUGGCACGCACAUCUGCAUGGUCUUCGAGGUGCUGGGCGACAAUCUAUUGAAGCUCAUACGCAAGUCCAAUUAUCGUGGCAUUCCGCUAGAGAAUGUCAAGAGUAUAACACGCCAGAUCCUAGAGGGUCUAGACUAUUUGCAUGACUGCUGUAAGAUCAUACACACAGACAUUAAGCCGGAGAAUGUCCUGUUGUGUGUCGAUGAACCGCAUGUGCGUUCGCUUGCCGUUGAGGCGACGCAAUUAUAUUGCAUGAACUCCAAGAUGUAUCCAUCGUUGGUCAGUCGUGCGCCCAAGGAGUAUCGCGAGCCGCCCAUCACCGGCAAGAUGAGCAAGAACAAGAAGAAGAAGCUAAAGAAGAAGGCCAAGAAGCGCAUGGAACUGUUCAAGAAGCAGCGCGACUACUUGGAGCAAGCUGGCGGCGAGGAGCAACAUCAGCAGCAGCAGCAGCAGCAACCCGAUAAGCAUGCUCAAAAUGGCGAUGCAGGCAGCUCUGAUAUCGAGCAUGAUGUGGACGGCGACGACGUAGAGCCCAUGCAGCUGACCAAACCGGAUCCAGAUGAGGAUGACGGCGAUGAUGAGGAGGCUGUAGAACAGCCUGUGCUGUCCAAGCUGGCUAACGAAGCAAGCGCCGGCGAUGCUGGCCAGAAUUCACUAGAGGAAGGUGCUGAGAAGGCCAAAAAGAAGAAGAAAAAGAAGAACAAGAAUAAAACCAGUCAGCAGCAAUCUCAGCCGCAGGAGAACUCCACCAGCAGCGGCGACAGCAGCAGCGCCAGCGCCUUGAAAAGCUCCAAUACGAAUGGCAGCAACAGCAGCCACUCGACCAGCACGCUUAAGGGACAAUCAAAUGGUGCCGCCGGCGGCAAUAAGAAAUCAUCGUCACGGCCCAAACAGGAACAGCAGCAGCCGCAGCCGCAGCAGCAGCAGUUGAAUAACAACAAUUCAAAUUCGAAACAAAACUCGAAUAGCAAUUCGAAAAUCUCAAGUAUCUCCAUUGAGCGCUCCUCGUCGGCCAACGGUGGCCCGUAUUCGGAGCCGCUAUUGCCGCCACCUCCACCGCCGCCGCCGUUGUCCAAGCAUCGACUCAAUAAGCGUGAUCCUGCGCUAGAGGCCUGCAAUGUGCAGGUGAAAAUUGCCGAUUUGGGCAAUGCUUGCUGGGUGGAUAGACAUUUCACCGAAGAUAUACAGACGCGACAAUAUCGCUCGCUGGAGGUUAUACUGGGCGCUGGUUAUGAUACCUCGGCGGACAUCUGGAGCACCGCCUGCAUGGUAUUUGAGCUGGCCACCGGUGAUUAUCUGUUUGAGCCGCAUUCCGGCGAUACAUAUACACGCGAUGAGGAUCAUAUAGCACAUAUAAUCGAGCUGCUUGGUCCCAUACCACGACAAAUUGUGUUCCGGGGCACGUAUGCACAGCAGACGUUCAAUCGAAACGGCGAGCUGCGCAACAUAACCGGGCUAAAGCCCUGGGGCCUCAUGGAUGUGCUGGUGGAGAAGUAUGAAUGGUCCAAGCGUGAUGCGGAGGCGUUUGCGGCUUUCUUAAAACCGAUGCUGGAAUUCGAUCCGGCCAAGCGUGCCACAGCUGCAGAGUGUUUGCAGCAUCCGUGGCUUAGAUAAGAUACGAUGCAGCCUGGUUGUUGGCUGCGAGCCAGCCAGCCAGCAGGAGCAGCAGUAGCAGUAGCAAUAGGAGCAGCAGCAGUAGCAUCAUCCGAGCAUAUGCAGUCAACGGCAUCUGUGGCCACAUUGGCCUCUAUUUCAUCCAUUGCAUCCACUUCGGCAUCGGCCAUGGCCGCAUUGCGCGCACGUCCUUAUCUGGUUGCCCCAUACGUGGCCACCGCCUCCGCACCGCCCACACCACAGCCGCAUGCUGUCAAUACCUUGUCCAGUGCACGCACAGCGCCCGCAACGCCAACGCGACAGCGCUUUGGAGAUAGUGAGCCAUCGUCAUCGCAUUGCCAUUAUCCGCACCAUAUUGAUGUUGAUAGUGUGCAGGAUUUUGGAUUGGCCAUGGCCAUGGAGGAGUUGCCGCCGCAAUACAGCAAGCCCAAAUCCCAGCGCUUCUUUUGGCGCAAGGCGCUCAGACGCGUCUUCCAGCGCCGCAAGUGACGUCAACUGCGCCGUCGACGGCAAGAUUUGCCCCGUUGGCGUCCACGUCGCUGCCGGCGGCGCACGCUGGCCGAGCGUGUGCGCCGCAUAUGCGCCUGCUGUGCCUAUGGCCAGGUGUUGUUGCGCAACGCCCGCCUCGCUCUGCUCAGCUGCAUUCGUUGGCGCACACGUGGCAACAUACGCAACAACAACUUUUACUUUAGCAAUCACUAAACAAUAAUAACAAAAGCAACUGCAAAUGCUCUGCUCUGCACAGGCACACCACACACACACACACACACUGACACCUUCCUCCCACACAAACACACACACACACACAAAUGUUAAACUAAAAAAUGUUAAUGCGAAAUCUGAUUUAGUUGUUAAAGCAUAUGCACCUAAUUUAUUUCCUUGUGUUUUACACCGAUUAGACAAUUUUUCCUUUGAUACAAUUAUGAAAUUAUAAGCAUUACAUUUUCCUAA